UCGAUUUUUUCCCAAUCACUUGAAAGUUGAACGCAAUUUUUGCACGGCCUUCAGCGUUCCGCCGUGUUUGAUGUGUGUGAAUAAAUUGUGUGUAGUAAUUAGAUAAACAAGGAGAGGUGUUUUAUUUAUAGUUUCGACGGAAGGUGCCCGGGUGCGAAAUGUUUCCACCGACACGCAUACGGAGCUGCCUUCCAGUCACGAACCCCAUGUUUAGAAGAAUUAAACCUCACAAACCGUUCAGGCAAACCGUACACAAUCAAACAAAGAGCGUGAACACGACGUACUCGACUCAAAGUACACAAAUUCAAAAGACGAAAUGGAUGAACCUGCGAGCGAUAUUCACGAGGUGGAUGCCGCUAGGCAGUGUAAUAUACGUGGGGUGGUGCUACAUUCGCGCCAGCGUCAACUACGAGGUGUCGAAAGUGGAAAUAAAGUUUUACGAAAUGUUUCCGUUUCGCAUCACGAGUCGGCUGUGGGGCAAGCUGGCAGCGUGCGAGUUGCCGCUGUCCAUCCGGAGCUUCGUAUACGGUACGUACAUUAAGUUGUUCAAUGUGAACCUGGACGAGGCCGCCGUGCCCGACCUGAAGUACUACAAGAGCCUGUCCGCGUUCUUCACUCGCGCGCUGCGGGACGGCGCGCGCUUCAUAUCGUCGGCGCCCUGCGUGUCCCCCUGCGACGGCGUGGUGCUCAACUGCGGGCCCGCCGACACCGACAAGAUCGAGCAAGUCAAAGGUGUUACAUACAGCCUCGAGGAGUUUUUAGGUGAAAACAAAUGGUCCACGGGUGACAAUAAAAACUACUACAAUUCCCUAUUGAAGAAUAAAAACAACAUCCUCCACCAGUGUAUAAUAUACUUGGCACCCGGUGACUACCAUAGAUUCCACUCCCCCUGCGACUGGACCUCAAAUUUUAGGCGCCACUUCUCUGGCAAACUCCUGUCGGUCAAUCCAUGGAUGGCUCGUCUCAUACCUGGGCUGUUCACGAUGAACGAGCGUGCCGUGUACAUUGGUGAGUGGAAGCACGGUUUCUUCAGUAUGACAGCGGUAGGGGCGACAAAUGUUGGCUCGAUCGAGAUAUACAGCGACCCAGACUUAAAAACUAACACAAAGGGCAAAAGAAACAGAAUUGAUGAGAUACAACUUCAUAAAGUGUCAUUCAAAAAAGGCGAACUGUUUGGACAAUUCAACAUGGGAAGUACUAUUAUUUUAUUAUUCGAGGCUCCUCCUGAUUUCAAAUUCGACAUGAACGCCGGAGACCGUGUUCAGGUCGGUCAGGGACUGACGGCUGCAAUGGCAGAAGCGAGAUGACCGGCCUACCACGACCUACUCUGCCUGGGACAAACGAUUCUGAUAAUAUACAUCAUUACAUUUUUAUUGUAACGGAAGUAUUGUUCAUAGUAUUUAGUGAGACGAGAAUUUAAUUUUGUUGUGAAACAACAAAAUGUAUUUUAUUUUAGAGGAUUACGAUUAAUCAGUAGAGUUUUAUUUAGUUUUGAUUGAGAGAUUUUAUCUCUAUACAUAUACAGUGUAAACUCUAUAUAACGACACUGAAGGGACUGUGCAU